GUUUUUUUAAAUAUUUGGUGUCUUUAAGUGGUUUGCUUUAAGUUCUAAGUUAAAGUAUAUGUGAAAACAGUUACUCUUAAUGUAUUCACUGAAAAUAGGAUAAUUAUGUAAUGAAAGUAGCUUAUACAGACCUCCAUGCUGACGAUGAAAUUAUUUAGUUAGCAUAAGCUAAUUUUAUUUAAAUAACCGAUAAUCCGGUUAUAAUUUGGUAAUUAGUAGCUAUUAUCAAAUGACUGCUGACGAUUCGGAUGUGGGUAAUGUUUAAAGCACUUCCUUGACAACAAAAGAACAUUGAAUAUGAUUUUGAAGCUACGUUUGCUCAUUCUUCUAUCUAUAAAAAUUAUUCACCUACUUCUCGCUUGACACGUUUCUAGGCCCGAUCGAGGAAUCGCUUUAAAUAUUGCAGAAAUUGUGUUUUCGAAAGUACGUUCCCUGGAUCUUGAAAACAAGAUCGAAGAAUUACAAAACGUGGCACAAAAGCAAUAGUUAGAUAAAGUUCGUUGAUAAUGAUAUUAACGGCAGAUAACGCAUUAAUUAAGCAAAAAAAUGAAAAGUCAGCUUUUUGUGGUUUGUGUGACUUCUGAUCGUUAGGCGUUUAAAUUAUAGAGUAGCUGAUCAAUAUUAUGAAGGUAAUCUUUAUCUUUGAGUUUCCAUUGGCCUUUAUAGAUCUGAGUGUAUCUAUGUGUGUCCACCUAGAGUGAACGAAGUGUGAUAUAUAUGUAUAUAUAUAUGCAUAUACAUAUAUGUAUAUCAUACGCCAUCAACUGCAUGCGCUCGAGGUUCACUGCUAUUUAAAUUAGUCACCUAAUAUAUAUAUAUAUAUAUUUCGAUUCGAUAGAUUAGUAUGGAUGUCCGAGUACUGAUGGCUAUUCGAUCCCAAAACUUUGUACAUGAAAAGGAGAAGCAGAGAUUCAUGGUUAUCUAAACAGAAGGCCUUUUUAAAUUAUUUCAAAGAAUUAGCACGAUUAAAUACUAUCAUAGCCGUCUUUUCUGCUUCAUAAUUUCGGAUUUUAAAUAGCUGAAUUCAGUGAAAAUAUAAUUUGCUUGAAAGUACCAGCACUUUACAGCAAUAGGAUACUGAUGGCCAUAUAAAGACUGGUCCAUCGUGUUACGUGUUCUUCACUUCGGGUAGUAAAUGGUGCAGUAAACUUUGAUCAGUGUCCUUUCCCAUUUCACAGAGGGGUAUCGUACUCAAUUGUACCACAUCGCGUGAGGGCCCACAGGUACAAGUCUUUACAGUAGCUUUUCCAACAAAUCCUGCAUAACUUUGGAUGAGUUAGCAUUUUGUUGUCAUGGCAACAGCAAGUGAUCACAAGGGGCGCUAUAGUCGCACAUACAGUGUUCAUUACACAGACGGACUUGAAUCAUUCCCAGCGCUCAAUACAGUCGUAAUGUGUGUGCUUACAUAAAGCACGUGUUAAACUCUCCGACAGUCUCGUUAGAUAAAACUGAAGAUCUGUUACAGAGAACUCUGUAACAUGAAGCUAUGAUGUUCAUUGUCUGAAGAACAGAACGUUGUGAUACACUAUUCUAAUGGUAAUUGAUAAGUUCUCCUUGAAUAAAUUCUCGACAACAGAAUAAUGCGACGAUGUCUCACGCUACCCCGAUGAACGCUGUAUUCACAUUCAAUCUUGCUCACAAAAUUCUUCCAAGAAGAGUCGCCAUUGGACGUUUUGAUGGGACUCAUCCUUGCAUUGUAGCUGCGACAUCUGCUGACAAGAUAUUUGUUCACAAUCCGCACACGAAAGCGAAGCGUGAGGGGGAUCGCUGGCUAGUAGACCCCACAGCAGCAGCAGCGGACGUUGCUCUGCUUAACUUCAACCAAAAGGUGGCUACCCUGGCGACUGGGACUCUACGUCCAGGAGCCGCGGAGGAGGUGCUCGUAAUCGGGACGCCAAAUGCAGUGCUUGCUUAUGAUGUUGAAAACAAUAGUGAUCUGUUCUACAAAGAGCUUGCUGAUGGAGCAAACUGUUUAUGCGUUGGGCACCUGGGCACAAUAACGUCUCCACUGGCACUCGUUGGGGGCAACUGUUCGAUUCAUGGUUUCGACUACGAGGGUAAUGAUGCUUUCUGGACGGUGACUGGGGAUAACGUAACUUCGAUGUCACUCAUUGACUUCAACGGGGAUGGCCUGAAUGAGCUGCUGGUCGGUUCUGAAGAUUUCGAUAUUCGCGUGUUUCGUGAAGACGUCAUUGCCAUCGAGAUGACGGAAACUGAAGCGGUUGUAGGCCUGUGUGCUCUUUCAGCGGAAAUGUUCGCCUAUGCCCUUGCCAACGGAACGAUUGGCGUUUACCAAAGUAGUGGGGCUCGACUUUGGCGCAUUAAGUCGAAGAACCAACCGAUGUGUAUCGCGGCUUUUGAUAUUGACGGAGACGGGAAACCCGAACUCAUCACGGGCUGGUCGAAUGGCAAGGUGGACGCGCGUAGUGUUCGAACAGGCGAGGUGCUUUACAAAGAUUCAUUUGGCCAUUCGAUUGCUGGAAUCGUUGUCGCAGACUAUUGUCUUGACGGAACGGAUCAGCUUAUCGUGUGCUCCGUAGAUGGAGAAGUACGUGGUUACACCGUCACUACGGCAGAGUAUCGCCAACAACUAAUGGACGCUAAUUAUGAGCAGGAGACGUUGCGCGAAUUGAAUCAGAAGAAACAGUCUCUGUUACUUGAACUCGCCAACUACGAACAGGCGAAGAAGCUUAGUGAAAUGGGCGGCCCUCAACAAGCCCAGGCACUGGCCAAUCAGGAUAUUGCUUGUAUAGCUGCGAAUACACGUCUGAAGACUGGUUUGGCAAUAAACAUGGGCGGAGAUGGGUUACAGCCGCACGUUGAAAUUCUACUAGAAACCAACAAUGACACGAUUAUACAGGCAGUCAUUGUUUUCGCUGAAGGCAUUUUCCAGAAUGAAAGCCUUGUUAUACAUAACGAUGAUGCAGCAACGAAUCAGGCCGUUGUUCCUUUAACCCCGCCUAGGGAUGUGGAAGUGGAUCUCCAUAUUAAAGCCUUCGUUGGCUAUAAAAAUUCGCAUCAGCUGCAUGUUUUUGAGGUAUCUCGUGCACUACCACGCUUUGCAAUGUAUACUCUAUGCUCAGAAUCACCUUCGUCGGAUAACGAGGGUACGGUACGUUUCCAACUCAAUGACAGACCGCAUCGCGUGGCUCAAUGGGUGAAUCAAAGCUUCCUUCUUGAGCAGGAGAUAACUGCGAAAGAGCAACUGCAUCUCACCUUUCUCAGCCUCAGAGACUCGAAACUCGUCACGUUCGACAUGGACUUUUCAGGACAGAUGACAAUUCGUACCGAGUCAAUGGAAAUUGCCGGUGAGAUGAUUCAGUCUUUAACCUCGUUUCUGGGCAUCGAAGAGCUGCAGUCCACAGCAGACUUUCCCACGGAAAAUGGCAAACUUGUCGAGCUGAUGGCUAAGAUAGAGGAGUUUCAAAGUGCGAAAAUGAGCAUGUCAGCCCAGAUGGCUGACAACUCGGCACAUAUCAGAGCACUUAUCAUUCGAGCAGAAGACGCACGCCUAAUGAAAGACUUCAAAGCAAUGCGGCAAUGGUAUAUGGAAUUGCAGCCACUUAAUCGGGAAUUGGUGCAAUCUCACAAGAUCCGCAAUCAAAGCCAUGAACAGCUACAAGUUCAGCUGAAAGAACUCCAUCGGAUAUUGCAACGAGCAGCUCGACUUCGCGUUGGGCAAUUCAAAGGUCGCUGCGUAACCGCCUGCAGGGCAGCUCUAAAGACAACGAAUCCCGCCGCAGGUGCAAAAGUUCUCCUAAAAAUCAUUGCCGUUGGGGAGUGACGUAAAAAUUUAUUCCGUUGUAUAACAGAGUGUCAGUGUUCAAUAGGUAACUAGAGCUAUAUUAAUAAUCGAAUGAUACGAAGAGUGUAAACGUUUGAAGCGUUGGAUAGGUUAUAGAACAGGAGAAAGGGCUUAUGUGUUUUUCUUAAUAUCCUAUCCAUGUCUGGUUUCUAAGUAUACGCUGUACAGUACUAUGAAAGCUCUUGUAGCCAGCAAACAGGGAAAUAUUAUCAAUCCUGAGUCUAGAAGAUAUCCAAACCGUGAUGAGCUUGUCGAUUCUGUGAAGUGAGCGGGUUAUGUUCAGAGUGAAAGUCAUAUUAAUGUUAAACGCAAUUCGCUAACCACCAACGAUAUUUUAGACAUACUGAAACAUUCAAUACGUCUGGAUGUGUUGACUACGACCACCUAUUGUAAAUAAAAUAAAACGAUGUUAUCAACUGUCACCGAGCUGAAAGUCACAGUGGACAUUUUAGUAACACUGUAACACUACUACGAACAAGAAACUAACACAUAUUAACUGAAAAAGUCAAGAUACUUUUGUAACUCUUGCAAAGCUAACUACGACAGAGAUCAACAGACAUAUCAACCCCACGUCAGCGAAGCUCUGCGCGACUCUCGACGACCCUUUAACAAACAGUAGGAGUCGGCAGUAUGCGUAAAAUCAUAACGUAUUUAGACAUAAGGGCAAAAAAGGUAAACGUUGAACGCUACCAGAUCAGUCUCGUAACAAUUUGCGGGGACAUCUAUGCAAAACUGGUGCCAGGGUUUACAAAGCGUACUAUUUCCAACCAGCAAUGGGUUACUUUGGCAACUGUCCCUAUUCCGUUUCCCUAUUUAAGGUCGAUAAGUGCUUGCGUCCGAUCCCGGGAAGAAGGCCGCCACAACUUGAACGAAUGAACAUUUGAAAAGCCUUGUGACCAGCUGUCUUCAUCUCAGGAAAGUUCAGCCUCGAUUUUUUAAUCAAUUCUCAGUUAUCAUUACCUUUCGAAUUCCAUCAAUAAUAGCUCCGAUGGAUCCCAUGAGUCGGUUCGCCCUAACAUGCCAGCUAUACCCAGUUAUUGGGAUUGAGGAAAAGUUCUGACCACGACUGGACUCGUUUGAUAUGAGAUAAGUACGAAUUGUGUUGGCUCGUUCCGAAACUCGACCCUGACCCCAACCUAUUUAGUUUAUUCUUCAAUGCCGACCACUUGUAUAUUAUUAAACGCCACUUGUUUUACUGAAAUGCUGCCAACGAUUCUGUAGGGGAUUGUACGGAACUUCUGUUUCGACUGAAGCUUCUUGAGUUAUUGUGACAUGAGAUAUGAUGAUAACCUCUAUAAUGCUAAACUUUUUUUUGGCAGACUGCUAGACUGUAUACUUCCACGAAUACCUCUUCGGCCGCGUCGGCAACGCCGCAUAUUUGCUAAUAUCUAAAUUCCACUAUUUGAUAUGGCAGCCUCAGAUUGUAUCGCUAACGAUUUCUUCGGAUGGCCGCGGUUUUUUGCGCGAUUAUGAUAUGCAGAAUACUGUCUAGUACUUUCAUGGUAAUUUGUGCUUAUAACGUACUGUAAUUUUUGGAAAAAUCAAUUGCAAAAUUGGCAAUUUUAUCGCUACCAUAAACCUUCACUAUAUUGGCUUUUUAAGAUUGGUUAUUAUAACCGAAAACAAAGUAGAUAUAAAAUGUCAAAAGAAUUAUAAAAAAAAUUACAAAUAAAUAAUUAACCAAUACGCGCUAUUUACACAUUUGGAUUAUAUUGCUUCUCUUUUUCGUGUAGUAUAUAUCAUUGGUGGGACUUGAGUGCUCUGGGUUCAUUUAUAUUUGGGUUAUAAUUCCAGAAGAUGAAGCGUCUGCUCUAAACCCUAUAAUAAACUUUGUAAAUAACAGCUCCGCUCACUUUAGCGA